UCCAGUUCUACUUCUGGCCUCGCUUUGGGCCUCGCCCCAAGCACAUCCUCGUUGGUCUCCAGCAGCUCUAUGCUCGAUGUAGCAUUGACCCCCAUGGUAUCCCGGCCACAAAAUCGUCCACAGGCCGCGACUAUGCCUGACUUGCCGCCAACCACAGCAUUCUGCUCUUCAUGUCUCCCUGUUGAUACAAAUGGCGCAAGAGGAGCUGAUACAUCAUGCUUCAUCCGUUGGCCGGCUGAGUAUCCGCAAAGGCCCUCGGGACGUCGAGCUCCACCAGUCGUCGCAAUGGUGGCCCCCAAUCAACGCGAGAAACCAGUCCGUCCAGAGUCUUAUCUGUACGACGCAAACACCGCCGACAGCGGUGCACUCGACUUCUCGUCUCCAACUCUGUCCUCCACUUCCGCGGCACCGUUUGGCGUCUCCGUCGCGCCCAGGCCCCAGAGCCUGCUCUAUCCCGCCGGAGUCGGGCAUCAUUUCCGCGACGAGUCUCCGCCCAGCCUCCUGGGCUCGUUGAUAGCACAGGCGCCUCCAGCCGCGACGCUCCCACUGCCGCUCACACUCCCGGCCACCAUACAGCCGUCUCCCGAACUGUCCUCACAUUUCAUCGCCGCCCCCUUGACUCUGUCGGCGACAACUUCGUCAGGGCCUACGGGUGUGUGCGCGAUGGCAAAGUGCUCGAGUCUUGAGCAUCCCGUGGCCACUCGUCUGCCCACCAAAGCCGAUUGUCAACCGUUCGACGGUUUACAUUGUUCCUCUGGCCCUUCAUUAUCGGCUCCUCCGAUUCACGGCAUGUUAGAUUCGGUUUUCUUCACUUGCUUCAACCAUUCCGAACGGGAGACAUCGGGCAACCUUUUCCGUAUGUGGUCAGCUCAGAAUAUCAGCUCGUCAAGACAACGCAUGGGGUUGUCCCUCCUUCCUAUUGCUCCUCUCUUUUGA